GGCAAAUAUACGAUAAAAUUAUUGUUUAUAACGCCUUGCUUUUUUAGAUGAUAACUAUUUUGACUGGAGCUGUUCGUCCCAAAACCAUCUACUAUGUGAUAGUGUAUUACCAACAACCCCAGAGUUUGUCGACAAGAGUCGAGCAGAUAUUGAUUGCAGAUCAAGUGAAGUCGAACAUCUCCGUAACCUUUCAGUACUGCCCCGCCAGAUCUGGCUGUCGAAUUGUCCUUGGAGAGGAGGAUGGAAGGCGCUUUCAGUUUAGCAAAGGCGUCUUUACUGCAACUAUUGAACACGACAGGCGGACACAAGUGGUAGGAAGAAAAAACUUUCCUUUUGAUUAUACUGGUCUGGCUUGUAAUAUUCUCACUGAUACUAGGGCUAAUUUGGUUGACAAUCUGCCGGAACUGGAUCUGCCAUCUCGUGCGUCACUUUCAUUGAUAGUGUGUGAUCGCGUCUGCCAUCGAAAUUACCUAAUACGCUUGUUUGCAAUAGCUUGUUUUAGUCUAUGAUUCGUUUCUCUGGCUAGUUUUCUUAAACUUGGCUAUAACUGACGCCCAGCUUUAGUCCCCGUGUAUAUGGAGAAAAGUUGGCCCUCCCGGUUAGAGGAGUCACUCGCCUACAUUUUCUUUUAAAACUUGGUGAACGUUCGUUAACGUAAUAGACAAAAAGUUGGCUCAGCUAGAAGGGAAACCUUCCUCACAGGGUCACCCGUUUGUGAUGGUAUGGUCAUCCUCCUGGCCGGGCCAACUUUUCUCCAUAUAAACACUUUGGCUCGCACAGCCGGGUUAACUCGGCCAAGGUGAGACGAUCGGAGAAUGCGCGAGCUCUGUUGGCUCGGGCAAAGGGGUCACCUUUACUGAGAUACAGUCUGAUCCUUUACCCAGGACAGGUUUUUUCCAUUUAAAGUGCUCUGACUUACUCUAUUUCUUUUUCUCGCCUCCCCAUCAAAAAAAAAUAUUCUAAAGUUAUAAAAGGGUUAAAUCAAAACAUUGAAAGAGCCAUAGCAGAGCGAGGUUUUGAUCCUCGGACCUCUGGGUUAUGGGCCCAGCACGCUUCCACUGCGCCACUCUGCUAUCUAUUGGACCCUCUAGCUUGUUUAGCUAUUCAAAUGUUAACUGCCUGAGGUGCCGGUUGCGUCAUCGUUGUUCAAAAUGGAGGCUAGGCGCUAAUCUGCUUUGCUUUUUCCGCUGUAUUCUCUCUCUCUUUUUUCAUUCUGAACAGAUAUUCAAAAUAUAUUUCGUAGGUUGUUACUCCUGCAUAACAGAACGUUCCAAUUUACUGUGCUUACUGACAUCUUGAUAACUUUAUUGCAAUUCAUUUUUUGCAAACUUACAAUCGUAUUGUAAUCUUGAUUACUCUAUUCCUUUUUAAAUUUAUAUUAAACUGGAGAAAAUAUGCACUCUAAGCUGUCCUCCUGGCAGGAAGAAGAAAUCCAGAGUGAAAGGAAAUCAUUAUACUCGUCAUAAUCAGAUUGCAGGUGCAAAUUUCCUGUUUUUGAUUUUACUUGUUGACAUAGGGACACAUACUUCUGGUGCCACAGGGAUCCUACUCUACACGCCUCCUGGAACCUCAAUCUAUCGACCGAGUGCAGCAGUUUAUUCAAAGUUGCGGUAAAGAUCAUUUUCACAUCGACCCAGGCCAGGCGGGAAGAAUGUGUCGAGAGGGUGUCUUUACUUUAACGAUUGGUUUCAAUCGUCAACCUUUACAGUGUAAAUGCAGUCUUCUUGGUUCUAGAUCCGUGUUUUGUGAGAAGUUUGGCGGGCAGUGUCUUUGUCGUGCCAAUGUGGUUGGGAGAAGGUGUGAUAGGUGCCGGCUUGGUCACUCAGGUUUCCCGCGUUGCAGAAGUAAGCGGCUAUCUUGUUCCAGAAUGUCAUUUUUUCUAAAUAUUGUUUCUCAACAGUGCAAUGGAAACGUAUUACUUCAUGCAUAACUUUCUCUGAAAUAGUCAGUCGCUACGACACGAAUUCAAGGGUUCAGUAUAGAACAAGUUUUACACAAUAACACUGGCAUAGGAUAGUACUGUUCAGUAGACCUUUUCAGCUUGUGUGUUUUGUUUUCCCAUUUCAACCCAUGUUAUGUUACAUCAGAGAACUGCAUGUUUCUCUAAAAUGUCUUUUUAUCUACGUGCAGAUGUUGGAUGCAUAACAUAUUGAAAACAUCACUUGGUGUAAAUUGGGAAAAAAAUGCAAGCCGAAUAGAUCUAGAGCUUCAUGUAUCUCAAUGGUAGCACUUUAAAAGUUGUACUGUAAGAUUCUAAAGAUAGAGCCUUACAUAGUUGGAAACAGUAUUGUCGGGAAAGUAUGGCCUUUGUGGACCUGGAAGUUGACUGCUUUCUCCUCAAAACAACCUCAGUUUCAUUCAGACACUUUAAAUUUAGAACAAACUUUUACAGCAUAAUAAAUAGCACCGGCUGUCAGGAAAGUACCACUUAAUAACUUUCAUUCCAAUAGUCAGGCGUACCUACUGAUAUCGUUCAGAAUAAUGGUACUGUUCUGUGUCAUUUCUUUUAAGCGUUUUAACCUCAGUGUUAUGAGGUAGAACUGCAUCAUACAGAGCCGUACGACUUAACAGAUAACUGGGAUGUGUUCUUGUGGAGAUCAUAAGAUUAGACUGUCUAUCUCAGAUUUUUCGGAUGCGUUUAUACGACAAGAUAAGCAAAAAUUACCCCCAAUUUUAUUUUAGCGUGCUGUCAGUGAGUAUUGGUGCGAAUUUGAUUUAGAUUUGAUCUGAUGAAUCUAUGCAGGAGUGUAAUUCAAAACCCAUUGCUGGAUUAAAUACUUAGAAGUAAAAUCCUUUUUUGAAUUCAAGAAUCCGAAUUAGUAUUUUCCCAAAGACAGGCAUUCUUAGACAAGGCCUAUUAAUUUGUCCUAGGUUGUGGUUGUCAUGAGAUUGGUUCAGUGUCGCCUACUUGCACGUCAAGCGGACGAUGCCGCUGCAAGCCUGGAUUUGGAGGAUAUAAAUGCGACAGGUGCAGAUCAUCGGGUUAUUAUGGAUUCCCGGAUUGUAAACGUAAGUUGUUUAUCGUGCGUGAUUUAAGUCAAUAUUUUAUUCAAUAGUUGUUCAGAAAUUCUAUACAUACACUAAUCUGUACAUAUGCACCUCAGCAUACUGAAUAUUUUUUUUUUCCUCAACACUUAAAAUGAUGGCUUGGGGGAGGGGUAGGUGGGCAUUUUCACAGAAACCUAAAUUGAUCUGAAGUUUGUUUUUAUGGAACUGUUCCGAUCUUCUUUUCUUCCUCUCUAUCCAAACCAACAGCGUAAGUUAGCUGACCGUCAAGCCAUUCGUGGGGCAUUUCGAGCCGGAAGCCUUCAAAAAGGACUCACUGGCCGACCAAAAUAUCCGGAAAACUCCAGUCGAUUUUCCUUUGCUUUUUACUAUAGUUGAUAAAUUUUUCAUUCCUUUGUGAUUCUCAGCCUGUGCGUGUAACAGUCUGGGCUCUCUGAGCAUGUUUUGCCGUUCACGUGAUGGUCAGUGCCAAUGCAGGAGGAAAUUCCAAGGACAAAAGUGCAAUGAAUGUAGAAUAGGAUUCUAUGACUUUCCUAGAUGCAAAGCUUGUGGUUGUAACCCAGCGGGGAUCAAGCUACUCCCUGGACAAACAAACGGAUGUGGAUCUGUAAAUAACGUAAGAAUACGCUGAUUAGAUGCAGAAUUCUUCUUAAGCUAAUUUUAUAUUUGGGUUCACAGAUCAAACAGACAUCACACUUCUCUCUUUCCUUUGCACAAAUGUCAAGCUAGUUCAUUUUAUAAGUCUGUGGAUCGGAAGUACUGGGUUGCCACCUUUAAAAUUGCCAAAAGCUGUACAUCCGCAUGAUGCGCAGUCUUAACGGAUUUCAGUAUAAAUAAAUAUAAGUAAAAAUAAAUAAGUACUAUUAUUUGCUUUUAUUAUAUAAACACCAAUGAAAUACCAGGUGAGCUUUCGCGCGAAAACUUGAUAUCUUGCGCUCACUCGUGAAAUAUUUUUCAACAGUCGAAGAGAAAUUUCGUAUCUCUGCGCGGCCAUGUAAUAUCCUCUAUCUGCGUAAGGAUAUUCCACUGUUUUAAGACUGAAACUGAGAUUUUAACUUGUUUUUUUUUCCUUUUAGACACACUGCGUGUGUAAGAACAAUGUGGCAGGGGAUGAUUGUGAUAGCUGUAAACCCUUUACAUUUAAUCUUCAAAUGAAAAACCCUCUGGGAUGCCAGUCAUGUGAUUGUAAUGCAAAUGGAACUCUGGGAUCGAUUAAAACGUGUCACGCAACUAUUGGGCAGUGCGAAUGCAAGAGUCACGUGACAGGUAGACAGUGUGGAAGGUGUAAAGAGGGUUAUCACAGUUUCAAAGGAUCGGACGUGUUCGGCUGCAAACGUGAGUUUACAUCUUUAAGGGCCAUUUUUAGUAAUAAUACAAUAAUAAUUAUGAUAAUGAUGAUGAUAAUAAAAUUCAUUUUGUGGGGGUUGCACGUGACCUUAGGUAUUUCGCAUAUAGUUCAUAAAUCAAGGAUUUAAACAGUAUUCAAAUAUCAUUCAAAAAAUAAGUUUUUCUGGUGUUGCAGAAACUGUAUUUUGGUGUGGGUGUUCAAUUUGUACUACAUUAUUUGUUGAUGGAACCAUUCGCAACAUUAACAAAAGGACAAAAAGCGUAACUGAACCUUGAUUAACGUAAGGUAGUCGUGGCCGAGUGGUUAAGGCGAUGGACUAGAAAUCCAUUGGGGUCUCCCCGCGCAGGUUCGAAUCCUGCCGACUACGUGGCUUAUUUUAUUUUUUCGUUUUGCCAGACGCAAUAUUGACUAGUGCAUUUGAUUUGUACAAUACACGUCUAUUACAUAACAGUAUCUAUUUUACUCGUUUCUGUUUUGCGAAAACCUGAUGUAUAGCACUUGAUUAAAAGUUUUUGCGUUCUAUCUUCGUUUGUUAUAAUACAGGUUGCUUGUGUAAUGCGGGGGGAUCUGUCAGCCAAUCCUGUAACGCAGUUACCGGAGCUUGUACCUGUUUACAUGGCAUUGGUGGAACUCAGUGUGACAGGUUGGUUUAAACACUAGGAAAUAGCAAUAGAGAAAAAACACAGAUGUCGGCAGUCGUAGGGAAGUCUUCGGAAGUCAUCGGUCCAGGGUCACCAAGGGUUCCUUUCGUAUUUAGCUGCCACAAUUUUAGCGCUAUCUUAUCACAGGUAAUAGCUCACUUUAAUAAAAGGGGGAGAAGAAAAGAAAAAAAGGAAAAAGAUCACAAGAAAUAUUUCAGUUCAAUAUCUUGACAUGUUCCUGUUUUCUGUCAGGGUUGCAUCACAAGAAUAUUACUACCCUACUCUAUAUCAUCAUAAAGUAGAACUUGAGGAUGGAUUCACGGAUAACGACAGAGCCGCUAACUUCAGACACAGCGAGAGCGAGUUCACUGGGUUUUCUUGGCGUGGAUAUGUCGUUUUUACGCAGUCGCAGGUAACUUUUGGAGAGUUUGUAUGCAUUGCCGACCUUCAAUGUGCUAUGUUUAGUAGAUGACGAGAGGCGGACUAAGUAGAGUGGUUUUUGUAGACGCCUUUUUAAUGUUUGACCUCUGUCCCGUCCUCAUCAGCUGGUAAUAAAAGCAGGCAAGAAUAUAAACUUUUUCAAACUAACAAAGCGAACAUCCAACCUUUAAACUUGACGUCCGUGGCGCGCAAACGUCUGGGGUUACCUAACUAUUGAUGCCACCCUUUAUAUCAAAACGAAUUUUUUCUAUUCCAUAAUUUCCAAACAUUUGAAAUUUAAAGCGGUAGUAAAUGUUGCACUCAAGACUCCACUCAACCAGUUGACUAAAUCAACUUACUUAAGAGGUGAAUGGCUUUAAGAAAGAACUCAGAUAUUUAUUUUAGUGAAGAAUUCAAAUUGGAUGAUUUUUGACUUCAUUCUCAUUGACAUUCAGUACAUUGUCCAAACCUUGAAAUUUGACUGAAAAAUUAGCAAUUUAGAAAAUCGUCUGACUCGUUUAAGUGUCAGGGGGCAAUGCAAGGUACUGUAAAAAGUUGGGUUGCCAGUAGUUGUGUAACCCCUAUAAUUUUCACUAAGAGACACAGUGUUUUUAUCACAUAGCGGACGUUGAAAAAGAGUUGCCGUACAUAGUACAGACCUUUCCCAACAUUCUUGUGAACAAAGGCUUCAACUUGAGGCUGAAGAAGUGACCAAAAAUAGUGUUUUGUAUGUGACUAUCCACCCACUGAGCCUCGACCUCGUUUUAUUGUGUGUUUGCUCAAUGGAAUGGAGACAGUGUGGAAAAGGUCUUAGUUUUAACCAAUUUCCAAUUUUUGAAGUCUUGGAUGUUAUGAUGAAACACUUUUUCGAGUAUUUGAUAUAACUUCUCCAACCAGUUGUCAAAGUGUUGAAGGAGAAAUGCACAAUCGAGAAAUUUUACGUCAAAUGUCUAAAUACAUGAGUAAAUUAUUUUAAGUAUUAAUAAUGGUAAUAGGACUGAGUGGAAUCCAAUUCGGUCUGUGAUCAUACAAGUGAUAAAUAAAAUCGGACGGCGGAGCAUGAGUCCUAUUUGUUUAAGGGACUGUGCAAUAAUUAUCAGGAGGGGGGCUGAAAAAUGAGCCUGACAUAGAGUAAUAUUACAUAGCGUCCCCCUGCCAACAAAGGCAAGUUAGCUCUGAACCCCCUUCUGGUCAGUUAAAAAUAUUAACCACCCCCCCACCUCCUCUCGCCUUACAUUUACGUGAAUUCACUACUUCUUUUGUUCUGUAACGUUUUUCGACGGCUUCGUUUGGGACAUGACCUCAAGACAACGUUUGACAAAGCCAAUUAUUUUAGAAUAGUCCGAUUGCUUGUCGUCUACAAAAUCGUACUAUGAAUCACUGGAUUGAAGCUAUGAGUCAUUUGCGUCAGUACCUUUGAUUUCUUAUUGAGUCAUGACCAACACGAACAUGCCUCAGAGCUACUUGUUCCUCUGUCCUUCCAAUGACUACUUGUUAAUGAUGCUGUUUCAGAUACAGUAUUAACUUUCUUCCCGUCAAUGAACUGACUUGGUGCUCGUCGUUCCAGCCAAUAUUUGCUCGUUUUUGGGCCUUUAAAGCAAGAACCUCUUGGAGUUGCACAAACCUCUUUCAGAUAAUCUCAAAAAAGCCAUGAAUUCCUCGCGCACCUUCUACAGUUCGAUACUUGUACGCGUUGAAAAAUUCGAUCUAGGAAUGAAUCGGCACGAUGAUGCUCCAGCCUUCACUGAGAUCAGGAACCGAAAACUAACGCCGACCAUUCUUCCUGUUUGUAAGACUCUCAAGUGGGCUCGCGAGAAACCUUUAGGCACUGUACUCUAAGUUGUAGUGCCUUGACACACGAUCUUUCUUUAGCUUUUGAAGUUUUAAAAGCAAAGAAUUCCUCAUAUGCCGCUAUUCGCACAAUCUUUACGUCUGCUGGGAUUAACUUGACACACCCUCAGCUUUUGGCUGUCUUUACAUCUAAUGGUAAUUACUAGAGAGAGGAUACAACCUCUGUUAGUUACUGUUGUCUUAAAAGGGAGACGCCCUUUUUGAGAUCCUGGAUACUCCCCUGUUCGAUUAAGUAUAGGAAAUAAGCUAAAAUAUCAUGUAACCAGAAUUGUUCAUGGCUUUGGUACUAAUCAUUGCUAGAUCUAUGUUGAUCAGAUAUAAAUCAUGUUUUGUUCAUACUAAAUCAACCUCAGAAAGAAAUCAGUAUUAUUGUUAGUGAGUCAGCUUACCCACGAAAUUAUCAGAUACCACCCCCCUCUUAAUAGAGAAACUUACAUGAUUCCCCCCCCCCUGUGGUUUUACAGCCUCCCCUCCUGAUAAUUAUAGCACAGUUCUUAAUCACGAGUAUGACCAUAGACCGAAGUGGAAAACGCGGAGCUUUAAUUUGAAAUGAGGUCAAGGCUGCUGAUACCCAAAUCAGAUAAGAGAAUUUUGUUUCAGUUAUGAUCAGGGUAUGGUUAUGAUCAAUGCUGAAAUCAUGGCUGUCAAUAGCCAAUCAGUCUGUUUUAGACUUAAUUAAUGAGAGAUUUUCAUUCACUCACUACCGCGCGACUUACGCGUUACUUGCUCUUUUGUUUUCACAGAAUUUCAUUUAUAUCAUGAUUGAUGUGCCCCGCACAACCAAAUAUCAGCUCAUAUUCCAUUACAAUUACAUUUCAUAUUUACCCGUGACGGCUAUGGUCAAAUUUAUUCCAACCCUAGACUCUGGUAAGUAUUUGUCUGCCCUUCGUAACUUUUCAUCUACAAUAUCAUUGCGAUUAACCUGAGAUCAGGCUCUAUUUUCGUUUCGCUUUGAAAAUUACAUUCCGGUAGCCGUUAGAGAGAAUGUAUGAGAACCGCUCAAAUUGGGCCUGAUCUCAGGUUACAUUGCGAUAAUAUCUGUAGCUCACUGCUAUUCGCGCUGCUGCUGCUGUUGUUGUUUUUCAUUAUCAGGUUUGCUUACUUUUCUUUCCAAUUUAAUAACAUUUGUUACAACGUUUCUCUUAAAUAAAAACACAGCAAAAUUUGCACAAGAAGCUUUGGGCCCGUAUAGGCUCAGCAAGCGUCAAAACAGGCCAGAAAUUUUGAUGUAAAAUUAAAAACGUCAACACCCAAAAUGUCUGCUUUUAUGUGUACGUGCCAAGAGAACUUGUUCCCCUGUUCAUUUUGUCGUCCCACUGUAGAUCUCGGGACCUUCGAACUUAAGAGAUUUGAUUUUUGUCUUGUUUACUUAGAACUUGUGAGACUGACCUGCCCCAAUUAGUAUAGCUACCUGCAGGUCAGUCGGAUUGAUUGUAAAUAGUUCGUUAUAUAAAAUAAAUAAACUUGAAACUUAAAACUUGUUGGAAAGUAACAAUGGGUGCGAGCAUAAAAAUGUCCGCCUCUUUUGAUCUUCAUUGGGGCAGCAAAAUAUACAAGCCAAAAAGGUCAAAAAGACCUCUAGUCUAUGUCUCAGAAUUGCACAGUUUUAAAAUGUUAUCGAUUGCAAUGCUUUUAAUUGUCAGCUUCCUUUCCUGAUGGCCCUGCAAGAGAGCAAACCCUUGAUGUCCAGUUUCGAUCAACGUCCUCGUGGAUUUUUGCUGUUCCCAAGAUUCUUCUGGUAAGAGAUUACAGGUGGGAGCCGAGGCGAGUUAUGCUGAGUCAGGGAAAAUGGAAACUAACAAUGGCUGUUACUGCUUCGGACCUCUUUGUGGUAUGAACUCGUUUGUUUCCUCAGUUGUUUAAACAAAUGAUUUAGCACUUAAGUCAUUUAUUUAAAAAAAAGUGAACAAUCAUAUACAGAACGCGUAGGUCUACAUUUUUGCGGGCCACAGUGUUAAAGACUGUAGAGUAUUGAAGAACAGAGGGUUAUUACGUUCUUUCCUCACUUCCUCCCUCCCUGGAACCUUUCUUCAAUUGUAUCCACUAUGUUUUCAGACACUCACACAGUGGCCCGGGCAUGACUGUUAAACUGUACUAGGCUACAUAUGUUGUAGGUAAAUCACGUUCUAAUUAUAGACCAAAAUUUCCUACUUGUCUCUGAAUAAUUAGGGCUAGGGAGAGAAAUAGGCUGAUACUGGCUUGACCUGAAAACGGAUUUUACCCACAACAUACGCAUGCGUAGAAUAUUUUUUUUUCUCUGAUGCUGGUUUCUAUUUAAUUUGUUUGUAAAUUUAGGCAGUUGUUAUGUUUUAUUUUACAUUCAUUUUUCAAACAAAAUUUCCUUCUGUUUAUAGUUACCCCUCAGCUUCUAGGGCUUGUUAUUUUUGGCGUUAUGUUAUGUCAUGUCAGGGUGUCAGCCCAGUCCGUGGAUUUUCCUCAGUCUUCUUUCUUAUUAACCACACUCGUGUAAUGUAGCGGUUUUUUGUAUGAUGAGUUCAGUUGACCUUGAUCCUUUAAUCAUCUACUUUUUACUAUCUCUGAAUACUAUACUUGGCCUCCUCUCCUCGAUUCGCCUCCAAUAUUCACACAUCGACGACUUCUAUUACCAGGACUAUCUGGUUUUACUACCAGAGGAAUACUACAGUCCGCGGAACCUCGCGCUUAAAGUAACCAAACCUUGUACACUAAGCAGAGAUGAAAAGUACUGUGUUCACUACACUUACCCCACCCUCAAAAAGGAAGGAAUUGUCACCAUCCAGGCGGAGGAUAGCUCUGUUGUUGGUGGAAUAAGAAGAAGUCAGCGUGUUGGUGAUGUUCCGUUUCAAGGGCGUCUUCUGAGCGGUUCACGAGUAAGUUGAUUAAUAGUGAGAAAAAUAAUCAACUCCAUAUUAAUGUAGCCUGCGUCGACCAGUGUAACUCCCUGAUAGGGUUAUGUAUCUUCUCUAAGUUCGGCUGCAACACAGGCUAUAUUGACGCAGAAAACUAAGUCGUCUGGUCAUGUUGCGGGCCGAGGCUAGAUAUACCAAAACCUGCAAACAUUUCCAAACCACAACGUAAUUUUUAGGGGGUUAUUAUAACUCCAAAAAUGGAGUAAAAAUUUUAGGUACAGGAUAACCCCUUUUUUGGGCCUACUUUAACUCCUAAUUUAACUAAAUUUGGGGUUAUUUUUACCCCUGAAAAAGAGUUAUUUUAACUCCAGACUGGGAGUAAAAUGGGGUUAUUUUCACUCCUUACAUGGGUUGUUUUAAUUUACUCUUUUUGGAGUUAAUUUAACUGUAAAAGUGGAAUAAAAAUUUUAGGUACAGGAUAACUCCUUUUUUGCAGUUAUUUUAACUCUUCAAUAUCUGGGGCCAUUUUUACUCCUGAAAAAGAGUUCUCUAAACUCCUUUUUGGAGUUAAAUAACUCCCCAGAAAAUAACUCCACUGUGAGUUAAAUUUACCCCACUAGAGGAGUUAUUAUAACUCCUUGAAAAUUACUGUGCAGAAAAUAUAAACCUCUAGUUGCUCGUUUUACUUUCUUAUGCACUUUCUGACCCUGGCGGAGAGACUUGAACUGAGGUUGCCCGAUGUGGCGUUCACAUAAAAGCACAUGUACAGUGGUAUAGCCGCUGCGCAUUGCGACUGGUAAUUAAAAGUCGGGUACUGACUUGCUCGCUCGCUUUUUACCGCGCCUGUGUCUGAUUUCAGCUCCGAUUGGUUUAUUUGAUUGCGUGCUUCUUUUCUGAUUGGUCAGAAAAUAAAACUCAUUGGGUUUGGUUUGUGAUACUCAGUAGGACAUUUUAGCUUAGGUUGUUUGUUUUCCCACGUUUGCAAGGAAAUUUUUCCGCCGUGUUUUUUAAUAGAAUACCCGCGUGAUUGGAGUGAAAUUUUAAAGAAACAGUUCUCUCAACAUCACGUGGUCUGAACUGGGUAAACAAACACUUUUUUGAAAAAAACUCUAUCACUUGAGAAGGGCGGCGAGGCGCUAAAAGCUGCUGAAACAUGAGCUUAUUUUGGUACAAAUAAAACUCUAUCAUUUUAUCUAUGAGUAAUUGAAUCUGCUUGUUGUACUUAGAAUGUGAUGUCCGUACGACUUCCGUCCACCGUGCGAGGCCAGUUUGUGUUGCUGGCCAGCUACUUUUACAAUUCCGAUGAUGAGAGACGACUGAGCGUGGUUGUUAGAACCGGCGACGAGAUUUUUAGAGCUCAAAUGAGUAUUUUGUCUUGCAGGUAAGGCAGAACAAUAAGUAGCCGUUUCUGUGUAUUAGGUUCAGCACAAGUUAAGUCUUUAGAAAGUUACCUUCUAUCUUGAGCCUCAAACUACAGUCAUUUAACAAAUUGACGCAAUUUUUGAUGUGUCUGUCCUCUUAUUAGUAAGUAAUUAAGUAAGUGACUUUAUUUAAUCAGAGUAGCACAUUCCGCAGCGAGGCUGGUAUAUAUCCAUAGGGGCUAUGAGAAAUAAACAUAACUGUAAAUUAAAAAAAACAGUUCCUAAGUUAUGAACACGAUUCAAAUAAACAAUAAUACCAUAAAAGAUCUCAGUCAAUGUAAAACGUUUGCGCUACUGAGACAAGAGAUUAAAAUCAUAAGGUAAAAUAUCUUAUUAGCAAGUUUAACAUAAUUCGGUAAAACAUCGAAAUUUGGCAAAUGACCCCGUCUUGCAUAAAUUAUUUUAGGUGUCUGUACUCUUAUUGAUAAUUCAUUUUCCGUUUACCAAAAACUUUCGGAAACUUCUAUGGAAAGGUCCAUGGAGUGAAGAGCGUGUUCUACUUGACACAAGUUCCAUUCGCUUAUGCUCUCGUCACCAAAGAUGGUGGCACAGAUAUCGUCGUGAAUAGCCAGAAACUGGUGAUUCCUUGUGAAAACCCGUAAAUGGAACAUGCUUUUCAUCGGAAAAUUUCCAACCGGAAAACAGGACUCCCUUUUCAAAAUUCCACUUAUUCCAGGGAACUUUUCCGUGGAAUGCUUGGAAAACGUGUGUUCCAUUAACAUCCCAAAUGGAAGUUGCGGAAUUUCUUGGUAAAUGGAAAGCGCUCUAGGUUUUAAGGGGAAAUGUCGCAUGUUGAGAAUUUCCUGGAUUUACAAUUUCUAGCGCUUAGAAGCCGUAUUAAAAGAGGGUUGAAAGGUAAGAAGGGAAUGAACUGAAACAAAGAUCUUCCCGGCGUGUUUAAGUUUGACUGUGCUACUGGAAAAAGUGGCUAAAAACAGUUAUUAUGGUUUCCUGUCACUUUCCUGAUUGAACUGAUUUCUCUGUCUUGUUGUAUAAGGCUAUUACAUCAAAGAGUAUAUGUAGCUAAUAAUUGUCGCGUAUCUUACACAGAAACUUGGGAGAAUUACUGUAAUCUUUGGUUUUCGUUUUAAGGUAUCGGUUUGGCUGUCGGCAAGUAGCCAUUGACUCAAACCAUGGUGCUUACAUGUUCACCGCAAAACCAGACGAAAUAACUACAGUCAGUUUAACAUCGAAUUUCAUGGUCGCUUUGGUGAGUCGAAGUAGUGUAGCAGAUGCAUGCAGGUACUGCAUGAGACACACUGUCGUCUCCCUCGCCCUCGCUCCGCACACUGCUCUUGCUCACGUUCCAUUUUCUCAAGUGAGUAGUAUAGGGCGUACCGGAUAGGCCCUUUUUUCACGCAGGAAUCUCAUUAACUUGCACAGGAAUACGUUAAGGCCGACCACGUCAUAGCCUUUUGUCUUUAUGACAUGACUAAAAUGAGGUGGAUUCUCAUUAUUUCUCCUUUUGCGUAUUUUUGAUUCAAUAGAAAUAAUAGACUCACCUAACCUUGACCGGGUUAACUUGUUUGUUAUUUUCCCUCCACUACCACCACCACUACGUCGACGCUGCAUCGAUACCACAUCGACCCUUCGUUGACCCUACAUCGAUACCACAUCGACCCUACAUCUAUGGAGAUCAAGGAGGGUGUUAUCCGUCGAGGCCCCCAACAUGUGGAUAGGGAGGAGAGAAAAAUAGAAAUGUGGUGGUGAUGGUGGUGGAGGAGGGAAAACAAAUAAAAAAGAAGUGAUGAGGAGGGGGGGAACAAUAAAAAUGAAGAGGUAAGAAGGAGGAGGAGGGAAAAAAUAGAAAUGUAGUUGUGGUGGUGGUGGUAGUGGAGUCAAAGGAAAAAUAAUGAGAAUCCACCACAUUUUAUUAAUACGGUAAACACAAAAGGCUAUCACGUGAUUGGUGUUAAUGUCAUUCCUGCGCAAGAAAGGCCUAACCGGUGCGCUCUAUACUACUCAUGUGCCUGCGAUUUUGAAGUAGUGAAUGGAAAUGCCCGUCUUUGCAUUAAUAAGCCAUUUUUUCUUGGGUAAAGCCUUUGCCUCAGGCGUUGAGCUACUUGAUACUAAAUAGGCGCAACCUUUUGGCAAGUGUAAUAUCCCUUGUUGGAGUUGCCGAUGGAAGAGCAAAAUUUAAAACGCAGUCGUUGGGUUAGCAAACAUUAGAGACAUUGUCUCAUAACCCAAAUCAAAGGGGUUUGGAAAAGGAUUGUUUUGUUAAGGGAAAGAAAGAAAUAUGAAAAGGGUUGGUGUAAAUGACCGGUUCAUGAUCGAUCUAUUUCAGGACUUUAUCUCUGCUAUUCCAUUGUCCAUGUGGAACGAGAAGCUUUUAAUCCCAGCUGAACAGUGUGUUGAUAAUGGCUUCUCUUGUAUUCAAACAUCUUAUCCUGAUCCAUCUGAUGCCACGAAAAUUGAAGUUGAAGAUCGUUCCACUGGUGGCGAUAUAGCACCGUACUACAUAAUGGAUCGCAGGGCGAGAUUAAAGCAUGUUAAAGUUGGCAAGGUAUGAAAAAAGCUGGCUUUAAACCCGUAUUCAACUUUAGUUUUCCCCAAACUAUUUUCGAUACUUUCCAGCAUCAUCUGAUAAGGAGAAGUCCUUUUUCUUUUUGUUGCUUUUUUGUUUUUAUUGUCAUAACCUUUUUGUUUGCCCGCAUUCAUCCCAAUGACUUUCCACAAACGCCUGUUUGGUUGACCACUAAGUACGAACUCAUGGCGAGCUUGGCCACUUUUUUUGGUCAUGUAACACGAGUCCUGCAGAUCAGAUGAGUGAUGUCGAGUGUAUCCUUUACUUGGUGCUUAAAGACUGAAAGAUUGUUUAUGUCAUGCUUGGUGAAUAAAUGAAAAGGACGUAAGGAAAACAGGCUAUCAUCUCCGAGUUCCUAAAACCCUCACUUUCAAGCCGAGGUCAAGUGCAGAACCUUUCUUGCGAAAAUGAGUUUUAUUUGCAUGAGAAUAAAAAAUCAUUUUCAUAUCAAUGGCUUUACACUUAGCCUCGUAUUGAAACAGAGGCUUGGAGCAACUGGGAAAUGGCUUUUAGGUCUUAAUAAGUAAAACAAAAGCUCUGCGGCACGUGCAUGAGACUGGCUGUUAGGAAUAUUUCUUUUACGCACUUCAUGACUACGACACGAAAUUCCUCAUAUAACGUUUUCUUUUUCCUUUUUUGUUAUCUGAUCUUGGAAAUGGUUCUUAAGAAGUCAGCUUCAGGAUACUCUAAACAUUUGACAGACUGAGCGAUAAUCGCGCGUGACGCAGGCUGACCAAUCCAUUCGUUAAGAGAACCGAUUGCACUAUUAAUUAGGUCUAUUCAGCCAGAUCAGGCUCUUCCUAAAUAGGACGCAUAGCAGUGAUGGAUUCUUAGCGAUAACUCGGGAAAAUCUUAUUUCAUUUUCAAAGUAAAUUGAUUGGUCCUGCUGACCAGUUCUGACUUUUGGUAAGCGCCUUAGAUUCCGUAAUAGGUGCAACGGAAACGUCAUUAUAAAGUGAAUUUGCGUUCUUUCAAUAGCUACAGAGAAACUCGUGCAGUGAGACAUAAGCUUGAGGUUUAAAUCUCGAUGACGAAUGAACUAUUUUUAUGUGCCACCUUUAUGACAUUAGGAAUACAACGCCUUCAAGAUCCACUAACGAUCUUGUCCCUUGUCUUCAACUAUAUUGCAACCAUUGAGUUCAUUAUCUGAUAAAACCGAACUUAGUCUUUAAUAACAAGACACCUCACCUAACUCUAGCUAACACGUGCCUCUUUAUCUUCCUUUUAUUCUUAGAAAACCGUUUUUAUCCAUGGAACAGCUCGUUCCGGGCGCUAUUACGUCAUCGUGCAUUUCUACCAGCCGAAUUUCCUCACAUUCCCUGGAAAAGUUAUUAUUAGUGGACAGAACGCUGCGACAACCCUGUUUACAUUCCACCAUUGUCCUCACGUGUCUGGGUGUCGGGCCAUAGGCACGUCACAGUACAGAGAGGGUAUAAGCGAAUCAAUCUACAUUGGAAGGCAAAAUAAUAUUAUCCUCAGUAUAACCAUUCCAGAGGACAAGGGACUCUGGAUUGUAAGUGUUAAGGAAAUACGAAUUAAUGUUGCUUUAUGACGUUAGCAGCGGGAAAGCUCGACACGAAACAACAAUCCGUUUAAAGAAAAAAAGGUGUGUCUUUCUUAGGCAAUAUAGAAAGCGCUAGCCUUAUUUUAUGGCUCAGGUCUGGCGUGCUCAUCGUGCAAGGCAUUCGUCACGUUUUGUGUUUCCACGGUGGUGCAUAUGUCAUUGGGGUCGGCAGGCGGAUGGGUCAAAUGUAAUCAGUGAUUACAUUUGGGACAAAAGUUACUAAUGCAUUACUAUGGCAUGGAACUAUUACCGUCUUUUUGAAUCACGAAAUCAGUGCUUUCAUUUAAGACAAAUGUUACUUACGUUGAAAUUAUCCUCGCCAUUUUAGGGUAUUAAGAAAAAAUUUUGGAAUGAUAUAGUUUCUUCAGUGUUGAGCCACGAGCGUGAAUUGCGAACCAGAUAUACAAUGAAUUAAGGGUAAAUCUUGAAAAUUGCCUCAGAAAAGUUGAUUUUAGGAAGUAACGCACUCUAUGUUUUGUCUUAUAUUUCCGAUACAACCAGUACUCAAAGUUCUGCGAAUCAUUUUUGUCCUUUGUGUUCUAGGAUUACGUGAUGUUGGUUCCACUGUCAUCUUUUUCUCCAUCACUGCUGGAAAUUAAACCCAUCGAUGUUAACAGAGACUUCAUCCAAGACUGUGGCCAAAACGAUUUCUUUUUAAAAGAAUCUUCUUCAAAAUUCUGUCUCACCUCCACCUUCACAAUCACGUCAAAAUUCAACAACGGCGCUUUACCGUGCCAGUGCGAUAGACUUGGCUCUGCUAAAACUGGCUGUCGCGCAUUUGGAGGACAAUGCAGUUGCCAGCCGAACGUGAUUGGUCGAGCAUGUGACAGGUGUAAAAGUGGUUAUAGCGGGUUUCCUCUUUGUCGGAAACCAAUCACUUAACCAUUACAUAGGACUUUUGACUAUAGCCAAUAACCAUCGUACCUGCCUAACGUAAAAUACAUUUGUAUAUGGGACGCCGCAUUUUUACGCCGUAAUGUUUAUAAUUUUGUGUCAUUUAAACGUAAUUUUAUUGCUUUACAUACUUAAUGAACA